GCAUUUACCCUGCAUAUUUGAAUAACAAGAAGACAAUAGCAGAAGGAAGGAGGAUACCUAUAGACAAAUUCUUGAGCAUGCCAGUUGCCAGAUACGUCUAUGGGAGGAGUCUCCUACCCUGUGCCUAGGAAGUUUCUGCUCUCAGUCCUUGCUGCUGUUGAAAAUCCCACGUCUACAGAAAUCCAAGAUGUAUGUGCAGCAGUUGGAUUCAACGUGCUAUUGGAGAAAAAUAAGAUGUAUCCUAGGGAAUGGAACAGAGACAUGCAGUACAGAGGCAGAGUACGAAUCCAACUCAAACAAGAUGAUGGCAACCCCUGUUUACCUCAGUUUCCAACACGUAAAUCAGUGAUGCUGUAUGCUGCAGAAACUAUUCCCAAACUGAAAACGAGAACCCAAAAGAUGGGAGGUAGUGAUCAAAGUCUUCAGCAAGGAGAGGGAGGCAAAAAAGGUAAAGGGAAGAAAAAGAAAUGAGCUUACAUCUGGAAUAAUGUCAUAUAGUUGUGGUUGAACUAUGAUGAACGUGUAACUUGCUGCGAGAUUGAAGUGAAAGAUACAAGCAAGAAGUAAACAGAUAACACUGAAGAAAACUGUGUGCUUUUCUGGGAACUGAAAUGCAUGUAGCUGCCUCUCAUCUGUGUAACAAUAAAUCUGUCUUCACACACAACCUGCAAUUGUGCAGCUAGCAUUCACUUUUAGAAGCAGAAGAACAUAAGAAAAUUAUGUGGGUGAAUGAAUCACUCUUCCUGGAGAAACUAUACAGCUUUUGAUAAACAUUCUUAUGCAGACUAGAUAUUUGAAAACUGGUUGCCUUAGUAAACCUUUUAUCUAUGCUAGUCAAGUGACUGUCUUAGUUCGGGGGGGUCUUUGUCACUAAACAUUUUUAUGUUAAUCAGUGAUGUUACAGCUCUGUAAACUUCCCUUGCUAAUAAUCUUUCGCAGCUGUCAACUGUACUAAUAAAGGUGACAAAGUUAAUUAAAAAAAAGGAAGUAAUUUUAUAGAA